AUGACUGGUAGUAUUAGUAGCGUUAAGAGAGUGGCUGUUAUCAGUGGCAGUGCCCGAAAGAACAGAGUCAAUCCCCAUGUCGCUGAGUACGUGAGACAGAGAUCUGCCGAAUUCGCCACUAAGAACAUCACUUUCGAGCUUGUCGAUGUAGGAGAACAGAAACUGCCUCUUUAUGAUGAACCCAAGAUUCCUUCGACUCUGCCAUCAGAUAAUCCUACUCCUCAUUACGAAUAUGAGCACAGUAGAGCCUGGUCAUCUGUAGUGAGCAAAUUCGAUGCUUUUAUAUUUGUUACUCCUCAGUAUAAUUGGAGUAUCCCCGCAUCCUUGAAAAAUGCAAUUGACUACCUCUUCUAUGAAUGGGCAGGAAAGCCUGCAGGUAUUGUCAGUUAUGGUGGUCAUGGUGGCGUGCGAGCUGCUGACCAUUUACGCCAAAUUCUUACCGGAAUCAAAAUAAGAGUCGUUCCGAGUGCUGUAGCUCUCAAUAUUGACAGAAACACUAUGCAGCUGCUCACUCUUCGUGAAGAACAACUCCAAGCGUGGAAAGAUGCUAGUGUAGAUGAUUCUAUCAAAAAGCUUGUUGAGGAACUAUCGGCUGAGCUCAGUUCAUGA